ACAGACAACUGAUACAACCAGUACGAAUUGCUAAACAAUCUUGAUCCGGAGUCUACGACUGGAAGAAGUUCUAGAAUCUCAGUAAAAACGUUACAUUCACGGUAAGUAAUUUCGAAAUAUUAAGUUUAUUUUAUUUUAUUUACCUAGGUACAAAAACAUUUAAUUGUAUUUAGAUUUUUAAAUUACCUUUAAUGUAUGCAUGAUGCUAAUAAUUGUAUGUUGUGUUUAAUAUACUGGCAAGUACUGAUGACAUACAAUACAUUCGUGAAAAACUAUUUUUCAAACAAAUUAUUUAAAAUAAUAAUGGUUUACCGCAUAAGACCACGUAGAAAUCGAAAUUUAAUAUAGUCAUUGACGAAAAUUAAUUUAGUGAUAUAAUUUGAACCGCGGUCAGGCAACCUAUAGAUACAUAGGUAUACGUAGAUUAUUAGUACUCACUGAUUUUUUUUUUUUCAUUUGGAGUUUUCAAGUUAUAGAUAUCGCAUUAAAUGUCGUACAUUUUUCAUAUAAAUAUAUUAUCUAAAAAAAUAGAUUUAAGAAGAAUGUGAUACUGAACAUAAUAUUAUUAUUGAUUAAAACAAAAAUUUAGGUACACCUGUUUUCCGUUUCUAUUUUCCCCGACUUGUUCAAAUCUGUUUAAAAUUGAUUUAUUUCGUAAUUUCAUAUAGAUAUUUGUGAGUUUGUUUGUUUUAUUUUUAAUCAUUUAAUAAUACACAAUACUACGCGCUCAAUAUUAUAGCAUUAUAAUAGGUAAAUCAUUUAUGCGUUUGUAUUCAACUACAAUGUGUACAAUAAAUAUAAUUUAUAAUAAUUUAUACUAUUGAAAUAAUUCGAUUUAUCAUAAACGGGAUAACGUGGGAUGAUUUUUACUAUAAUGUAUACUGCAUAUAUAUGUAUAUAAUACUAUUGAAACAACUCGUUUUAUCAUAAACUGGAUUACGUAGGAUGAUAUUUUUUUUUAAUCGAUUAUUCAAAACAAGUUUUGUAUUUUAAAUUAUUAUUAUAAUAUUGUAUUUUUUUUUUCUGUCGGUGGGUGGACAGAUUAUUCUACCAGAAAUCUUGCUCCAAUCGCUAACAUCAAUAAAGGUGAUUGCUGGUAUUAAAUGUAGUCUAUGGUUGAUUUGUUGGAGAGAUCAUAUAUUUGUUUUUCAUUGAAAUUGUAAUUUUCAUAUUGGGGACACUAGGAAAAAACGUCAGAAAAACUGGAAUUUAUAGUUACACAAGUUUCAUACGUAAAUUUCGUUGUUAUGAUCGAUUUUGUUUUUCGUUGUAAUUCAGUGAAAGUAUUCUUCGAAGCCUGAAAUUAGGCCCUUUCGAGAUGUAGAACGAUUUUCAAAAAUUCUGGCGUUUUCUUGGUUGUUGUUUAUAUUACAAUACAAUAUAUCCUUUUGACGCGCUGAAUUCAAAAUUGAAAUCCGUUUGUCUCUAUCGCGUCUAUAGUUUUUAUGCAACGCAGAUAUAAAAAAUGUGUUAUAUCUUGUACUAUAUAAAAUAACAGAUAAAUGCACAUAGAUAAUAACCAUAUUACCGAAAUAUUUAAAUGUAUGAAACAAAUAAAUAAUAUCAUUAUUAUAGAAUUUAUAUUUAUCUGUUGCAUUUGCAUGUUUGUCCGAUUUAUGUCGAUAAAACUUUUUUUAGCUCCAUAAAAAUAUUCAAAAAUCUGAGACAAAAAACGACUGCAACACGGUUGAGCCUAUAUUUUAUCAGCGUAUCAAAGGAUACAAAAAAAACCUUAACAAUUGAGUACAAAAAUACCACUUACGUCGUUGUCAUUUGUCAUGUUCUAGAAUUUUGAAUCACAUAAUUAUACAAAAAAUAGUAUUAAUACGAAUACAGUAUGAAUUAAAAAUAAUAAUAAAUACAACGAAUUUUAUGGUCAUGUGCAACGUAUUUGUUAACCUUUCGACAAUAAUAACAAUAGUAAUAAAUUUCGCAAAAUUAUUCAUGUUUAAUGUGUGUGUGUGUAUCAUCCAGAAGUUUCAACCACAUUACGUUAGUUGAAAUCGGAAAAAAUUAUUGCCAAACAAUUAUCACCUGUUCUAGUACCUAUACAUUUCCAUCACAAAAAAUUGUCUCUUUUUCGCUCACUAAUUAAUUUAUAUUUGUUUAUUUCAAUUUUCUUGGGCCAAUAUUAUUAGCCUCUUUGGGAUAAAAUUAAUUGAAUGAUAUUUGUUAUUUUAUAAUUUAUAAAAAAAAAAACUUAUUUUUAUUGAUUUUAUAAUAUUUUUACGUACUGGCGUAUGCAAAGAACGUAUAGGUGAUCAAUAGUGUUUCCUACCUAUUAUAGAUCUGCGAGAGCUUGGCCUAGCUCCACCAGUCCGUCCGGGAUUUGGGCCGGAUGUUACUUUUACAUUUUUAAUUUAUUACACGUCGGGCUUUUUUUUUUACAAAAAAAUGCUGACUGUUACAUUUUUAUUUUUAACCUAUAAUACCAACAGUCCUAUUAAGAGGAUACGACCGGCGUGGUACAGUUAUUCCAAAAUAAUAAGAAAAGAUCCUGGCCGAGCUUUUUCUCACCAAUAAAACACCGGGGGCUGAAUUUUUAUGCACGCUUAAAAAAACCGGUCUCCAAGCCGGAUUAUUUGAUAACAUGGCUGGCCCGGACUGAGCCAGGAGUUAUCGGCCCGUGCAGAUCUCUACAUACUGAAUUUGUUCAAUUAUAGUUUGAGAAUAACUUGAAUGAGAUAAAAUGUCGCCUUUGUGACGGUCAGAUAUCCCGGAUGAAACUAAUACUAAUUUAUUGUGUUUAUUCAUCGCGUAUAACAUUGUCGAUAAAGCUUGGCUCAACGUAUCUUGGCGUGUAAAUACGUGAAAAUAAUAAAUUACAGAAGUUCGGUUUGAAUGUGGCGAUAGGCCACAUAAAAUAUUCUGUGCUCACUCGUGUUGCUAAAAAAGUUUAUGCUCAUUUGUGUUAUGCUCAAUCAUAAAAAAAACACGGGACAAUAAUAACUGUUGUUUACUAUGUACAAUACGAAUAAAUGGAAUUUUCAAUUUGAGUUUAUCGGAACUUCGCUCACAAUUAUUGUUUUUCAUUAGAAUCUGAUUUAUCUAAUGCAUACAGAUAUAAAAUAAAUUACGCUAAAUAGAACAAGCGUUACUUCAUUGCAUUUAUAAUGUACCACUUAAUCGUUAAACAAAUUUUAUGAGUAUUUAUUAUAGUCGUUUUAUUCCUCACAUUUAUAUGAGUUCUUAUUAUACUAUUGUGGUAAAUAAACAGUAAACACAUUAUUCGGUUUGUGUUGUCCUAUUUUGAUCCUCAUAAAAUUGAUAAAGUGUUCACGGGUUUAUAAACAAUAGUUAGUAAACUCAAUAACCAAACGAUUAACCACAACAUGAAUGACAACCAAUAUUAAGUAUUUAUUAUUGACAUUCUUUUCUGUAAGUACCUGCAAAGUAUCUACGUAUCGUUAGUACAAAUAGGAGGUACUUGAAGGGUUUAUCCACCCGGGGACGCGUGAUUAUCCAGAAAAUAAUUGUUCAGAACGCUAAAGACCCUAACUGUGUAACAAUCCGAAAAAUAAAACCCCAGAACAUAAUAUUACGGUCCGGACCACCACGUUCCGGGUUUUAAUUCUUCGGCAAAUUAUAGCCGCUCCCCCCCCCCUCCGAAUGUUCUUUUCAAGAAAAUACUAAGUACCUUAUACACAAUUAAUGUUAACCGAUUUUAUGUGUUAAAACUUGAAACAAUUUUUGUGUACGUACAAAUAAUAAUAUAGGUACGUAUAAUCAAUAAACUCUUUAAAUAAAUGAUAAAUAAGUACAGUGAGAAUUCGGUUUGAAAAAAAAACUAAAAAAUGUUUGAAAAUUGUAAGAAUAUUUAUUAUGUUCGUAGCACCAACGCAUCACGGACGACGUACAGUGGAGUACAAAAAAGCUGGCCAAAAAUAUUUCAUGGGCUUUAUGAAGUUGAAAUGAAUUUGAAAACAAUUUUAGAUUAUAUUUCGAAAUUUUUAACUAAGUUUAGCAAAAUACAUUAAAUAUUUGUAUAAUACGAUACACAUUAUUCUGUGUUCUCGUCUUCCAUUUCAUAAUCUUCUUGAUUAUCUUCUUUGCUGUUAGUGGUGCGUGUUUAUAGUGUCUCCGGAAAAAAAGGUCUGAAGUUUCGCUUGGAAAAGAUUUGAUUUUUUUUUUGUAUUUUAGAUCUUAUACUACUCAAAAAUCGGUCUGAACUUAGCAAAAGUCUCUUAAAAACAUCAUUAUUACAAGCUUGUCGAGAAAAUUUCCUAAAAGUUUUGUCUGUACAAUCUAAAAUACGUAUUCCUUACUUCGGCAACUUCCUCAGAUAAUUGACCAAUAGGUAAUAUUGGAUCUGAAAUAACUGUGGCACCAUGGAUUAAAAUUGUGUGUAUUGUGAUUGACAUUGGGUGCCGCCCAUAUAACUGUACGUAAAGUUUUGCCGUGCCUGUAGUAUAUUGUUCAAAUUUGUCCACGUUUAUUUUAUGACCACUUGGUAUUGCUUCCAAUAUAACUUAAAAUCUUUGAAUUAGAUUUAUACCUAGUCCAGCGAUACGUGAAGAUGUAUCUGGUUCGGCGAAAAAUCUUGAAAAUAAAUAAAUAAUGUCACGCACCAUUACAGGUAAAAUGUAAUAAUUAACUAAAUGGCGUGAAGUGGCGGAAGAUUUUUCUUUAAAAAUCUCACGGCUAGUGUCUAUACUUUAAUGAGAAAUUUAGAAACAAAUAUUUCUGAUUGACAACGCCCAACACACAUAGAUUUAUACAUGAAUACUAUUAAUUACUUUGAAAAUUGCAUAAAUAUCUUAAAACGAAUGAUAAAUGACAAGUGAAAUUACAAUUGUAUAAAAUUUGUACCUAUUGUAUUAAAACCGCAUCGUUGGGUAAAUACCCAACGAUCUAUCUACAUCUAUCUCAUACGUAACAGUUAUUUUAAAUUGUCACUUAAUAUUUAUAUAAACGUAAACCUAAUACAUUACAUUAUAUAUCACGAUGGACGAAAUAACGACACGUAAAAUAGGACAGUACUAUACUUUUAACACGUAAUUUAAGAAAAAAUUAACAGAUAUACUUUUGAAAUGUUCAAUAUGCCCUGUAGACAUAUUAAAGUUAAAGAAAAUUGGUAUAAUUAUGAUUUUUAACAAUAUUUUUGUUUGUACUUUUGGCCAGCUUUUUUAUAUGAAUACUCCACUGUGCGGCGGUUCCGGUUAGCGCGCACAGAAUAUAUUAAAUUACUAAUUAGGUAGGUAUCUGCUUGGUAAUACGUGUGCGGAAUGCCGACGAACAGUGCAGGUGAGAACAUCGAAUAUGAUAUAAAUGCGUUUAAAAAUUCGAAACUCAAACUAAAUAGAAACUUAUCGUAAGUAUUGCCUAUUGAUUGUUAUAUUAUUUUAUAUAUUUAGAGAGUAUACCGGGUGAUCCAUUUAAGUGGGCACACUCAUUACCUCGGAAAGUGGUAACAUUUAUCGAAAUUUGUUUUCUAAAACGUGUAAGAAACAAACAGCUUGUUACGAAGGUAACAGCUACUUAUCUAGUUUUCUCUCUAUCGAAACCGUCCGAACUAUGGUUUUUUAGAAAAACGAUCGUCGAGUAAAUACGAGUUGUACGGCGGGGAUCGCGGUCGGGCACUUUCAGGUGUGGAGAGGGAGGGGGAGUGGUGGAAAAACAAUAGGAACGUUAACGAACCAAAACAAAUACACGGAAAAAACCUUUUUUUUCUGGCGCGUUGUCGUGUUGGGCAAACAACAGUCGCCAUUAAUAUUAAAACAAAUGACAGGCGGCCGGGCCGUUGUUUGCCGACCGACGCACAGUAGAGACGAACGCGAGCCGUUCUCCUACUCCGCGCGAAACACGGCGAACGAUCGUACCCGUUACCGUGACAUUUGUCGACGCGCGACGUGACGUCGAGACGCGCACCCGAAAGGUCGUCGGUGCGUUUCGCGAUCAUUUUUUCGUUAUUAUUAUUAUUAUUUUUUUUUCUCCCCCCCGGAGGGAGAAGCGCGCGGCACGUACACAGGCCGACGCAACUCGCGAAGGGCGCCGCCGCCGCAUCUACGAGGUCCCUGGAAAUGCGCAACAAUUUUUAACAUCCCGCGCGUUCCGUGGCGGCGUUAUCGCGACGCGCCAGGGUCCCGGCUACAAGUCACGACAAUUUCCGAACUGCGGCGCGUACACGCACUGUGCGAGCGCAGUGUGCGGCGGCGAUCGACGCGAAAUAAUCGUUCGGCGGCCCCGAACGAUAAGCCGCCGGUUAAUGGUCAUAACAUAAUAACAACAUUAAUCAUUAUUGAUGGCCGUAGCGCAGACUACGCGUCGCAGCGCCAUGUCGUAUUUUAUGUAUUUCGUUUUGUUGAAGAGGCGGAAAGCGAUGGCCGGUUGCGUGAUAAUGGCCGGCGUGAUGCUGCUCGUCCUGACGAUGUCCGCGCGCCGAAACAACGCCGAGCAAGACGCCGCUUCCGGACACUAUCUGGUGUGAGUAUGCUGUUAUUGUAUUAGUACGUUUCGCGACCGUACGUCCCACAGUAUUGGUCGACGACAUUAAUUAAAUAAUCGAAAAUGGACGGCGGCCGCGAUCGUGCGGUUGACCGUAAAAUAUCGUUAAACUGAUAAAUAAUAGUGAUAGUAUUAGUACUGAUAACGGAUUUCGUCUACUUGCGCGCGCCGGCUCUGUCAUUUGACUCAUCGCCGUUUUACGUGCUACGGUGAUACGCCGUAGUGGUUUUUUUUUUUUUUGUUUUUUUCGCCAUGCGAUGGUUUAUGAGUUGAGUUAUUAUGGACCCUCCCAACUCUAUAUCCGUCACUGACGAUGGACGUACCCGGGGCGGCCCAAGCGCUCGUAAUACCCGUCGGGUGUUAUACGCUCUCGGGUUGUAUUUCUGUGGGCAUUUCAAUAAUACUAAUCCGCUCGACCGUACUGUUUACCAGCGCGAAUACCAAUUUCUUUGAUUUCACACACUAGUGUCGUUUGGAAAUCUUUGCGGAUUUGUCAAAAUAGUUGUGUGGGCGCCUAACAAUACCCGCGAUAAGCGGUGCUUUGGUAGGAACACAUUAGGGCGCAAAAAUUAUCGUAAUACACAACCCCCCCCCCCGGGAUCUCAAACCCCUUGAAAUAUCUGAAAGAAAACAGAGGAGGCAGACAUCAUACAUUUCAUUACUAUCACGACAAAUUUAGUAAGUCACCAAUGCGCUUUUAUCGAAUUGUCGGUAUUACCCAUUUAUUACCUAUUGGUAUUAUACCUAAUGUGUAGUUUAUUUAUUUAAAUAUUUUUAUCUGUUGCCUGCGGGUGUGAAACGACACUUUUUCCCGCGCUGACGGCACCUAUCCACUUGCUUCAUGACCAAGAUUUCAGUUUCGUGAGCGGAUUUUUUUUUUUUGUUCGUUUGUACACGGUUUUGACCAGAAAAACGGGAAAAAAAGAAGAAAUAUCGUAUCGACACACGUCAAUAAUAAUCGAUAUCGCUAUAAAUUGGAAAAAAUUAAACAUCGAUAUUUAUGUUGAAAAAUAUCGUCGCCAUACCGGGCGUUCCUACGGCGUGGCGGUCCACGGUGUUUUUUGUACUCGCGGAAGCCACAUUGUACAUUAUAUUCAAUUGAUUUUUUUCUAUCCGUUAACAACAACAGAAAUCUUACCCGGCUUCGGAAGUGAUUUGUGGUAGCUAUCUGAUUUUGUAAUUGUAUAGGCGGUACACUGAGGAAGUCGUUUUUUUUGAUUUUCCUUGUAGUUUUCUUUACGGCCAAGUACUUACUGGAAAAGAUUACGCAAUAACGGUUUUGCGUUACUGUUCUUUUGUUGUCAUCCAGUUUUCAAUAUUCAUAGAAACUUGAACUUUUACCGAAUAAUAAUUAUUAGUCCUUCUUAGAGACGGUAAAAUGUUCAAAACAUGUUGGCGAUUUUUGGGCCACCUAUGUACCAGCCAUUUUUGAUUUUUGAGUUUUUUUGAUGUUCGACAAUUUAACACUUGUACUUUUGUACUUGAUGUUCAAUAAGGGUUAAAAGUUCGAAUUUCAACGAAAAAUCGUAACAUUUGAAAAAAUGUUUAACCGAACCGCGAUCAGAAUCGUUUUUCGUUAACAAUGAUUUAUCGUUACGGGCAGAUAUAAAUUAAAUUAAUUCGUAUAAUAUCGUACCUUCCAAACUGUUUUUUAUUACUUUGUACAAAGGCAUCAUUUAUUGUACUCGCACCAUAUCCUCCAUUCGGAAGGCACACCCACCUAAGUGGGUACGUUUCUUUCUAGUUCGAAAUCGUAAAAAUUAAAAUACAUUACAAACUAUAAUAUUGUAAUAAUAAUUCCAAACACUUAGAAUUUAAACAUAUUGUUAUUAUUAUGAUUGCCUAAUUCUACUUUUAAUUUAAAAGAAAGUUUUAAUAUUAGACGAGUCACUCGAAUUAUUCGGCAAAGCCGGAGAGGAUUUACCUCGGAUUCGCGAAUGACUGGUUGUAUUAUAGCCAUUUGUUCGAUUCUAUUUAAAAAAAAUUUGAUAAAUGUUCUCAUUGAAAUGAGUACAUUUUUUUUUUUCUGUAAGACGACUGCUUUAUUAUAGGAUAUUAUAAUAUUUAUUCGGUGACUUGCAUUAUUAUUAUUAUAUCUUUUGUUAUUUAUGUUCUAUUGUUUUAGAUUUUAAACAGAUCAAGGAUGCUAUAUUAUUAUUAAGCAAUAUAGCGUAUUAUAUUAUUUUCUCUCUCGGAAAACAAAAAUGCAUGGUCGUCCAUUCAUCCGUAAACCCGGGAAAUAUCAGAGAGAGACAGACAGACUGUAUGAAAUUUCAGAAUUUUAGUUAAAAUUACAUUUGAAUUUAUAUUUCCGUAAAUAUUGGUUUAUAUAUGAGCAAAAAUAUUUUCCCGUAUUAUUCACCCUAAGUAUUAUGACUAGGUUCUCUAUUACAAAAAAAUAAAAAACCUGUAUUAUACAGUUUUGAUUUAAACAUUGUUUAAGUUUUGAUUUAGUUAAGAAUUAAAAGUUAUUUACUAUCUGUCUAGUUAGGUAGAUUCCUAGGUAGAUACUUAACUAGAUACUUGUUAUAUCCAUACAAGUAUAGUAUACAAUUUUCGUUUUUAACAGUAUAACAAAAUUAAACGAAGGUUCAUCGACAACUAUCAAUAAAUAAUCAUCCAAUAAUUAUUAAUCACACAAUUAUCUCACCUAUCUACCUAUUUCCUUGUAAUAGUUUUGAACUGAAUUUCAACAACAAAGUAUUUUGUUUAUUACAUAUUAUUUAACAAUAAUCUAUAUCAUAUCCAUAUGAUAUUUUCUUACACCAUUUGCAAAUUGUCUGCUUUACAAAGUAGUUACGCAUAUUUUACUUUUCCUGGAACACUAGUAUUGUUUUAGUUUAUUUUUGCAUUUGUAAUCAUGUAAUUAUAGGUUACUAAUUAAUAAUUAUAUGUUAUAUACACGCCCCAAACAACACCUUUACAACAAUAAUAAUAUUGUCAUUUCAAUAUUGUUUUUAGCAAAUCAUUCAAAUGUGUCAACAAUACUUGUAUCAUGAGCCGUUUUAUGUCGACUGAAAAAUUAAAUAGUGGUCUCGAUGGAUCUAUGGACGUUUGCCGACUGACCUGUGGAUUUUAUGGAUCGCUUUGGCCAAGACCGACUGUCAAAACAGUUAUAGGGUGAAAAAUUGAUUAUAAUAUUAUAAUUUUUUUUUAUUAUUAUUAAUAUAAUUAAUGUAUAUAUCAAUAUUUAUUUUUGUAUUAAUAGAAAAUCAAUAAUGGAAUUUGACCUUGAAAACGUUCAGUUUGAAACGUCAAUGAUAGCUGACCAACGCAGCAAAGAAUAUAUGACUGAAGUAUCUGAAGUUUUUAAAUCUUCUUUAAAAAAACUUUGUAUCCCUAAUUGUGUUUCAUAUUCAACUACCGCUACUAUAUCCAUAAGCACUACUACUCCAUUUGAUUAUAUUAAAUUGACAACAGACGAAAGCUAUUAUUUGAAAAUAAUAACCGAAGGUAUUAUUAAAAUAUGUUGUCUUUUUUGGUCUGAUUAAAAGAAUGUUUUAUUUUUAGGAAAUCAAAUAUUUAUUCAAAUUGAAGCGAACACUGUUUACGGAGCAAGAAAUGGAUUAGAAACAUUACGCCAACUUAUUACUACAUAUGGUACCAAUGUGUCUGGCAAAAAACUAGUGAUGGCAACUGAUGUUCAAAUAAAUGAUAGACCUAUAUAUGCAUAUCGUGGUCUUAUGCUGGAUACCGCCAGGCAUUAUUUUCCAAUUUCUACCAUUAAACGGCAUAUCGAUGCUAUGGGUCAUUCUAAACUGAAUGUAUUUCAUUGGCACGCCACCGAUUCCCAUAGUUUUCCAUUAGACCUCCCUAGUGCACCAAAAAUGGCACAGUAAGGUUUUGUAAACAUCAUUAAUUUAAUUCAUCAUUUUAUAAAUAUUACAAAUAGUGAUAAAGUUAUGGUGUAUAUAAGAAUAAUGAGAUACAAUAGUAACCUACAUUAAUAAUGCAGUGUUAAAAGAGGCCAGAACUUAAUUUAUUUUAUUAUGGACUUAUAUUUGUACAUUUCAUAUUUGAACAACAUAGUGGAAGAGUAAAAAAAAAUCUAUUUUCUUUACUAAUUUAAGAUAUUAAUCACAUUUUAAUAUUUUAAAUUCCACAUUAUGAUAUUAUAAUAUUUUUAAAUUAAUUUUCAUUACCUGAAUACUCGAUGUUGAUAUAAUUUAAGACUAUUAUUUAAAUUAUUUUAUAUUUAUUUUUUUUCUAAGUGGAUUUUAAUAUUUUUCCUCUGUACCUGUAUCAAUUUGUUAUUUAUUUUUCUCAUUAGAUACGGUGCCUACAGCCCAGAAGAAAUAUACUCAUAUGAAGAAAUUAAAGAUCUUCUCAGAUAUGCAUUAGUAAGAGGAGUUAGAAUUAUAAUUGAGAUAGAUUCUCCAGCGCACGCAGGGAAUGGUUGGCAAUGGGGAAAAGCAUUUGGCUACGGUGAUAUGGCUCUUUGCGUGGACAAGGCCCCUUGGAGAAAGUAUUGUGUACAACCUCCAUGUGGACAACUCAAUCCGAUCAAUCCAAAUACUUAUAAAUGGUUGGGAAAAAUUUACAAAGACUUGAUCAGUUUACUUCCAAAAGGAGAAGCGUUUCAUAUGGGCGGUGAUGAAGUAAUCAUUUUUUUUUUUUUAAAUGCAUAAAAACAAAUUGUAGUAUUAUGAUAUUCAAAUUAUUAUAUGUAAUAUAGGUUGCUCUAAAUUGCUGGAAUUCUUCAGCUGAAAUUGUCGAUUGGAUGAAAUCCAACAACCGAAGCUUGAACGAAAGUAAUUAUAAUGACUUAUGGGCCCAAUUUCAUGCUAAUUCGUUGAGUGAAUUCGAUAAAGAAUCUGGUGGUGUUAAUUCUGAUAUAAUUGUAUGGUCAAGUGGUCUAACCGAACCUGAUAUCAUAGAAAAGUAUCUCGAUAAAAAUAGAUAUACUGUUGAAGCUUGGGAAGGAUCCUUUGUUCCAGUAGAACUUGUUAAAUUGGGUUAUAAGGUUAUAAUCGCCCUAAAAGAUGUCUACUACCUAGAUCAUGGUUUUUGGACUUCAACUAUCUAUCAUAAUUGGGAAUUGAUUUAUAACAACAGAAUGCCUGCAGUUGUUAACCCUAAUCUUUUGUUAGGUGCAGAAGUAAGAGUUAAACACUAUUUUGUAUACAAAACACUUGAAUUAUCAGAAUUACAGAAAAUUAUAUAAAUUGUUGUCCUUUUAGACGUGCAUGUGGUCUGAAUAUGUCGAUGAUAAUGGCAUAGAUUCUAGAGUAUGGCCAAGAGCAGCAGCUUUAGCUGAAAGAUUGUGGGCCAAUCCAUCAACAUUUGCUUCAGCCGCUGAAUACAGGUAUAUUAAAGACAAUAUUACAUUAAAUCAGAUUCAAAAUAAUAUUCAAUUAGUUUGAAAAUUUAAAACUUAUGGUACAAAAUUUCUAACAAAAGUAAUUACCAUUACUUAAAAACACAAUUUUUUUAGUACCUACUUUCAAUUUCCAAAUUUUUAGAACUCUAUUUAAUUAGUUUAAUGAUAUUAAUAUUUGUAUUUUAUUUUAGACUUUUACAACAUCACAAUCGACUGAUUACACUUGGAGUUCAAGUAGACGCGUUUAUGCCAGAAUGGUGCUAUAACCACGAAGGAGAAUGUGUAUUGUAAUAUUAAAGAUAAUAUUGUUAUAAUAUGGUUUUAGUCUAUAAAAUAGGCCAUAUCAUCAUUAAAUAUAAAAUCGAAGGCCAUAAUAUUAUAUUUCUUUAAUCUUGUAUAUAUAAUGUUUUAAUAAUAAAAUACAAUAGUUUAUAUAAAUUGUUUAUAAGUUUUUGAAAGCAUGUUAUUAAUAUUUAAAAUAUUUAUAUCAGUAAUUUUUUUUUUUUCCAUAAAUGAAAUUAUAUACUUAUUUAAAGAUUAUUUUGGUAUUUUGCUUCGAAAAAGUUUUGCAUGGUUCGUCUCAAUACUGCAACAGUGAAAUCCACAUCGUCUUUUGUCACACACAUGGGAGGCAUGAACCGGAGUACCUGAAAUAUAUUCACACACACACAAACAAUGGAAUUUUAAUAUUUGUGCUUAU